UCGGGCGUCGCACAGUCUGACGUCAUACACAAGCGUCUAGUCGAGGAGGGCUGAAGUUAUUUUUUCAAUAAUCAAUUCUUCUGAAAACAUAUGCAGACAUGGAGAUUGGAGCUGAAAUCAGCAAGAAAAUCAGAGCUGCUAUCAAAGGCAAACUCCAGGAGCUUGGUGCUUACAUAGAUGAGGAGCUGCCUGACUAUAUUAUGGUGAUGGUGGCAAACAAAAAGACUCCCCAGCAGAUGACCGACGAUUUAUCUCUAUUUCUCGGAAACAACACUGUCAAGUUCACCGCCUGGCUACAUGGUGUUUUGGAGAAGUUGAGAUGUGUUGCUGGAGAGCCUGCCGCUAUAAGGCAGCUGCAGUCUGAUUCCGUUCUGCUGGCGCCGAAGGUUCAGCCGUCUGCGGGGGAAAACGGGCAGGCAGAGGAGCUGAAGGUGCUGGCCGUGUCCAGCUCACGCUCUGACAGAACCGAAGCCAGAGUCUCCAGUUCUGCUCAUGACAGCAGAAAAGGGGUUCUAGAAAAAGGUUCCUCUCGGUUUAGUUCAACCAUGAAGCCCCUCCUGGAGCCCCUCCCCUCAGAGGCUGUUAUCGACAUUAAACCAGAAAUGGACGACGACCUGAUCGCUGAGGAACUUGUGGAAGCGGGAACCCACCACCCCCGCAGGCGCAGUGCUGCAUCUAGACCCACAGCUGAGAUCUACAGACCGGGUCAGAGCAGGCUAGCCCACCCGCCUGCCAGCUCCGAGGACGCGUACCGGCCCUCCGACGGCUCCUCCCACAUCCGGCAGCAGGACUACAGGGGCAGCAGAUCCUCCAGAAGCAGCAAGCAGGAAGACUUGUCCCGGAAGCGAAAGGCCCCCGUCGCCAGUUCUGUUGUGCGGGUGAACCGAGCCUCUGACGAAGACAGCGACGAUGCCGAAGAUGACGACGACACCAGCUACAGCGGCAGAGGCCUGUCCAGCAGAGUCGCCGUUCCCUCCAAGCCCGAGCGCAAACCCACCCUCCCUCCAGCCAAACAGGCCAACAGAAACCUGAUCCUGAAGGCCAUUUCCGAGGCGCAGGACUCCAUCACCAAAACCACGGCGUACUCUGCCAUGCCACAGAGGCAGACGGUUCCUGUGGCGCCUCGUGCGCGCCUGGCCAGCAACGAGGAGAUGACUGCAGCCAUCCAGCUGGUCCAGGAGCACCUGCACAGCCUGGCCCCGCAGGCGCAGGACUACACGGCUGCAGAACACGCUGCUGCCCCCAGAAACACAGUCAGAUCGUUGGCGUCGCGCCUGCAGCUGGAGAGCGGCGACGGCGGCGGCGAGCAGAAGAAGCACAAGGUGGAGGUCGCCGCCAACACGGAGCCAAAGGCCUUUGACACGCGCUCCUUCAUCGUGAGCCGACCGCUGCUGGACCAGCCCGCCGUCAGGAUCCCGCUGCCGUCCCAGCCCUCGUUACCUCGCAUGGUCCAGGCCAGGGAAGGCGCCGACUCGGCGAGCCCCAAGUUCAUCGUGACCUUAGACGGAGUCCCGAGUCCGCUGGGGAACCUUGUGGACGGAGAUUCAGAACUGGAUGAAGUCAGACCGCCGACGAGGGUCACGGAGGCGGCGGGACUCAGGGAGCCCAAAGUCAGCGUCCUGGACCGGUUGCAGGGCGUGAUUGCAGCCUCAGGAGACGACGAGAUGGACGUGGAGAUGGCGGAGGAGGACGCCGUCCCUGUGAAGAGACAGAAGGUCAUGGAGCGCUGCAAGUUCUGGCCCGUGUGUAAAAGCGGCGACGAGUGUUUGUACCAUCACCCCACCACACAGUGCAAGACUUUUCCCAACUGCAAGUUUGGGGACAAGUGCCUCUUCGUGCACCCCAACUGUAAAUACGACGCACGCUGCACCAAAGCCGACUGCCCCUUCACCCACGUGAGCCGCAGAGCCCCCGUGGCGCCCCCGCCCAGACCCGCCGUGCAGCCGCCGCAGACGUCCAGCGUGUGCCGCUUUUUUCCAGAAUGCAAGAAGAUGGAAUGUCCAUUUUAUCACCCAAAGCCGUGCCGCUUCGCGGCGCAGUGCAAGCGCGCCGGAUGCACCUUCUACCACCCGACCGCGGCGGUGCCUCCAAGACACGCCCUGAAGUGGACGAAGGCUCAAAGCAGCUAAUGUGAGCAGAGCCGCGGCGUGGGAUGGAAACACGCUGGAGGAGCCGGAACUGCUGCUUCUUACGUUGGAUGUAGUUUUUGGAGAAUUUUUUAAAUAAAUUUUGUUUUGUAACUUAAACGGCUGAUUUUUUUUUCUUUUUAUUUUUUUUUUAGUAGAAGUCUGAACAUGAACGGUAUUUUUUUUUUCUUUUCUUAUCUCAUCAUCACUGAACCACAAGAUGCUGUUGAACUGCAAACAUUUCUGCUUGUUUUAUUUCUGCGAAGCUCAAACACCAGCGAAGUUUGGCUGAAUUGGAGAAAACCAUCAGAUAAAAUCUUAAAAGCGGCCACAGAAUGAGUCACGUUUAUCAACAAGCUUCAAAAGAAAUUAUGAUGCAAGUGACAUUUUACCAUAAAACUGCUGAAACAUUUCAGCUGAAACUCCUGGUUUUCAUGAGGCCUUUAAAUGUUUUUUCUUUUUUUAACAUUUCAUCAAUAAAGAGUUCAAUUGAAA